UAGUGUUUCAGAAAAUAUAGAAAAAGCCAAAAGCGAGAACUCACCUCCUCCCCCUCCACCUCCCGAAGAAGCUCGUUCUCUCUCUCUCUCUCUCUCUCUCUCUCUCUCUCUCACACACACACACACACACACACACACACACUAAAAGGAAGAGAGUGUGAGGACUGAGGACUUCUCCAGUGCACUGGAACCCUAGUUCCUACAUCUUAUUCAUCAGAGAAGAGAGAGCAGAGCUUUGUGUUUUUUCACUACUGAUUGACUGGUUUUACUAUCUGAAAAGAAGUUGGUUUACUUGCGUAGAUAUGUACACAUUAGUGAGUAAUUCAUUGUCCUGGAGACAAUAGGAAGAUUGAGGACUUAAGGGUCUCUCUGCUGGGUUGCCUGAGAAGAGAAGGUUAGACCGCAAGAAGCUAGAGAUAUUUAUACAAUACUAAGCACUUUGUCCUUUUGGAAGAAAUCUCCUAUCCUGAGGGUUUUCUGGAAGGAGAAAAUUAACAAUAGGAUUUUGUGGAUUGUUAAUCAAAGUAGAAUUGUUUUCCAUUUGUAGCACUGUUUGGGUGCUUUAGUGAGAAGACCCAUGUAAUGAUAUACACUCAUCUGAAAUGGAGAGGGUUCCUGAAUCAAAGAAAAUUCCAAGAAAAUUGCCUGUGGUGGGUCAGCUGUCAAAUGUAUGUGCAAAUGUGGUAAGAGAGGAAGAGGGUUCAUCAAGUGCCCGGGGAUCUCAAAGUUCAGACUCACCUGCCCUAGUAAAAGCAUGGAAAGGGAAAAGCUCUUACCAAGAACCAGAGGAGAUUACACCUGAGGUUGUGUCCUUUAAGGGCAGUGGGGAUUCAUGUGAAGAAGGUGGUCCGAGUUUGUUCUCUGGGGCUAGUCAUCCCCCUGAGCCAAUUGACACAGAUCUGAUGAGGACUGUCUAUGUACCAAUUGGUCAAAAAAAAUCCGAGACUGGAUGUUUGGUGAAAAGCUUGUCUAUGAAGGGUCCUUUUAUAGAGGAUCUUUCCCUCCGGGUUCCUGGCAUGAAAUCAAGUACAGCUAUUCUUUCGCCCGCAGAAAGCCUGGCUGAAGGACCUAAUGAUUUGGGUACUUCAUCUUCUCCAUUUUCAGUCCCACGAGCAUCACAAACUACAGAUGACACACUUCUACCACCGGGGUCAGAGGAAAAGGAAUGUGUUUGGGAUGCUUCUUUGCCUCCCAGUGGCAAUGUAAGUCCUCAUAGUAGCAUUGACAGUACUGGUGUUAUCACUGCCAUGAGCAUUGUCAACAGCUGUGCUAGUACAUGCAGGAGUGAUGGGGUUACUAGUGAUGGCAUGCUUAGUGUGGAAAGGAACUGUGAGAGUGCUAAAGGGAGUGUUAGAGGAGACUCACUUGGAAGUGCAAAAACUAGUGGAAGCCGUGCAAGCGAUAGCAGUGGUCUUAGUGAUGAUAGUAGUUGGAGCAAUAUUACUGGAAGUGCUAAUAAGCCUCACAAAGGAAACGAUCCUAGGUGGAAGGCCAUUCUUGCUGUAAGAGCCCGGAAUGGAAUCUUGGGUAUGAAUCACUUUAGGUUGCUCAAACCGCUUGGAGGUGGUGACAUUGGAAGUGUUUACCUUUCUGAAUUGAGUGGGACCAGGUGUUACUUUGCUAUGAAAGUGAUGGACAAGGCAUCACUGGCGAGCAGGAAGAAAUUGACAAGGGCUCAGACAGAAAGGGAGAUACUGCAGCUGCUGGACCAUCCAUUCCUGCCAACUUUGUACACACAUUUUGAGACUGACAGGUUCUCAUGUUUGGUCAUGGAGUAUUGUCCUGGAGGUGAUUUGCAUACUUUGAGGCAGCGGCAGCCGGGGAAACACUUCUCUGAGUAUGCUGCACGGUUUUAUGCAGCAGAAGUACUUCUGGCCCUCGAGUAUCUCCACAUGUUGGGAGUGGUUUACAGGGACUUGAAACCAGAAAAUGUUCUUGUCCGUGAUGAUGGCCACAUAAUGCUAUCAGACUUUGACCUCUCCCUAAGAUGUGCGGUCUCACCGACCCUGAUAAAGACCUCAUUUGAGUCAGAUCCCUCAAAACGGGUAGCUGGUGGUGCAUUUUGUGUCCAGCCGGCCUGUAUUGAGCCUACUUCUGUGUGCAUCCAACCAGCUUGUUUUAUCCCACGGAUCUCUCAGAAGAGCAAGAAUAAAUCUCGAAAGCACCGUACAGAACAUGUGCAGCCAGUUAGCACCCUGCCUGAGCUUGUAGCUGAGCCGACAGCAGCUCGGUCAAUGUCCUUUGUUGGGACUCAUGAAUAUCUAGCUCCAGAAAUAAUCAAGGGAGAAGGCCAUGGAAGUGCUGUGGACUGGUGGACUUUUGGUAUCUUCUUGCAUGAGCUCCUAUAUGGAAAGACUCCUUUCAAGGGUUCAGGAAAUCGUGCGACAUUGAUCAAUGUAGUUGGGCAGCAGCUGAGAUUUCCAGACUCCCCCACUACUGGUUACUCUAGCAGGGAUUUGAUCCGGGGCCUACUGGUGAAGGAACCCCAGCACCGCCUUGGGGUGAAGAGGGGAGCAACUGAGAUCAAGCAGCACCCAUUCUUUGAAGGUGUGAACUGGGCUCUAAUACGUUGCAGCACACCACCUGAGGUGCCAAGGCCAGUGGAGACUGAGCUGCCUGGGAAGUUUGGGGUAGUUGAUACUGUUGGGGUGGGGAGCAAUAGUAAGAGGAUGGCAGGAACAGACAUGAAGUCUGGGGGUAAAUUUCUAGACUUUGAGUUUUUCUAAUACUUGGAUCACCAUGAUUCUCUUAUCUGAUGUAUUGGCAUGCAUGGUUAAAUUAUAAAGAACUUGCCUGCAUUGCCUUCUUACCAAAAGUAUUAGCAUCUGAGAGUUAUUCA